AUGAUGCCAGAGCAGGCUUACCACGCAGCCGACACGCUGCCCAACCAGACGUUGUACGUGUCCAACCUGGAUGACCAGGUCCACGUCAACGACAUAGUAAAGCUGCUGUUCGAGCUGUUCAUCCCUUACGGAGAGAUUGUCGACAUUCGAGCCCGCCGCACGCAGAAGCUGCGGGGGCAGGCGUUCGUCUCAUUUAGCGAGAUUUCUAGCGCUACCGCAGCCUUAAAAGGCACUAACAAUCGCAUUUUUCUGAAUCGUCCCAUAAAGGUGGCUUAUGCCCGCAAGCAAUCGUACAGGUCCAUGAAACCGUCGGAAUGCUACCGCCUGAUGACCGCAGAGCGUCAUCGCCCCUCGGACCCCGCGCAGGUGCAGGACAUGGCCGAGGACACUCAGGACACCAGCGCAAGUCACACUCUGUUCGUCGAGAACAUGCAUCCCGAGAUGAACAAGAUGGCUGUCGAGAUUCUGUUCAAGCAGUACCCCGGCUACAAGGACUGCCGCUUCGUGGAGGGCAAGUGCGUAGCUUUCGUCGACUUCGCGACGGAGUACCAGGGCGAGGUCGCCCUUCAGGGACUACAGGGGUUCAAAGUGUCGCACGGCCACGAGUUGCGUAUAUCGUUCGCCAAGUAG